AGCUUCGAAUUUGGAUAAAGAAGAGGAAAUAUACAUCAGAAGAAGAAGAUGGGUACAGUGGAACCCAGUUUGGAAGAAUUGUUGGAGCAGAAGAAGCGCGUCAGGAACCCUCUUGUUCCAGUUGGUUUCCCCUUCGAAAUUUCAUUACUUUUUAAGUUUUGUCUGUUUGGACUCUGGUUUUGAAUCUUUCGGUACAUGUGCUUAGCAAAAUUUAAGGUAUUAAAUGAGAUGAAAAUAUAUUUGGUUGCAAGUUGAAACCUUCGGUUUAUUUUUAGUUUGACAUUCGGUGCUGCAGAUCCUUUGUUGGGAGAAAAACCCUUCUCUUUGAAUAGAUUUUCCCUAUUUCUUUUUCUUUUUUUAUUUAUAAUUGAUAAAGUGAUUUCCUUGGAUAGUUGAUUUGGAGAAAUUGAUUGUUAAUUUGGAUCCAGGCAUCCAGCAGUGGCUUUGACAAGGAAUUGCAUAGCUUCUGCCAGAAGUUCGGACUCAACUUUUACAUGGCUACUGAGGUACACUUAUGACUACAGGGGUCGUCACUCCUCACUGCUGGAUUAGUCAGUUUCAGGUGAGGCAAUUCACAGUUGGGUCAGAUCUUAAUGAGAGCGAGGGUGGUUGUUCAGGGGGCCACAGUGGCAUUUAUAGUUGGCACAGCAUGCUACUAUGGUGUGGAAAUCCCUGGAAAUCAAGUUAGACUCUCUGCCUUGCUUACAGUUUUUCAAAGUUUCGUGUGGUCCUUAUCCGAAAACAAUACGAUGUAGGAGACAAAGGUUCCUUGUUGGAAAACAUUUUUGCCUGCAAUCAGACAAAAUUUUG